AUGUCGUCCGUUUCCAAGAUGCAACUUGAGCGGGAUGCCGCCGCAAAGGAGAAUGGAGAUUUGCGUCAGAGAAUGGACGAGAUUCAUACACUUUCAGAACUUCAAGACCCUACUUCAUCCUCGUCAUCCAAAACGGGAACCUCGGGCGACGCGACAAAGGAGAAUAGAAAAAUGCGCAAAGACAUUGAGCAACUUCAGAAGCGACUCGAAGAGGCGCAAACUGCACUCAUUGCCCAUGGGACAACCGUCGUGCCAGAUGAGAGAAACGAGUGUCUGUCAGGAGAAGCAGGCAAGGGCUUUACCGAAGUGAUUGAAGACGCCAUGGCGUGGGUGUUUGAUUUUGUCUGGACCGAUGAUAUUGCUGAUGACGCAACUCCGAUUUCCGACCGAGCCCGUGAUCCCGCCUACGAGGCCAGCGUGCGCGCCUUCAAAGAGCUGUGCGACCAGUAUCCCGAGUAUCGCAUUCACUCGAGAUUCCACGAAAAGGAAGAGACUGCCCUCCAGGGUCUCCUCAUCCGAAUGGUUCAUUCCAGGAUCUUUGACUCUGCCCUGGGAGGCGUCAAUACCGUGACCGAAGAUAAGAUCAAGGCAGUCUUGACGUCCCUCGAGGAGAACUCCAAGCCAAAAAUGACCGAAUAUGAAUGCAGGAUGUGGUACGCCAACGCACUACACGGUAUGAAAAUGCAUCCCAAGUAUGUGAAAGCGGCCGAGGACAGAGUUGCCGCAGUUGCGAAAGAGGUACUGCUGCCUCUAACAGUCUUUAUUGAUCCUACACGCUUGGAUGAUGCGAGCCGAAGUCUCCAACAAACCGUCAUUGCGCCGGCUCUGGACUUGCAGGGACGCAUAUCCUGUACAGCACCUACGGGCAUGAACACAGAUUACACGGAGUUCAUUGACGGGGAGGAGAAUGAGGGCAAGCCAGGCUAUGUCCGUCAAUGGGAUACCACCGCCCCCAGCUUCUUUGACCACGCGGCGGGUCUGCAACUGCGCAACGUGGAUAACAAGCCUGUAGACAUAAGCAAGGCAAUGGUGGAAACCAUCAAGACAAAACUGGUCAAGCAUUGCGUCCUUGCACCGGGUCUGACCAUCUGGACUCCGCAGGGUUAUAAGGGUGCGUCUGCGCCCAGCACUGCAGUUACGCUGGUCAAGGAGCGAGUGGAAGUGUCCUGGGGCACUGUAGGUACGCGUCGAGCAUCGUCAUUCCUUGAUGAGCUCUACGCUAUGGCGAAAGCAUGA